UUUACUAGUUACAGUAUCAGCGCGCCUCUGGAAAGUCAGCUUGUCAGUUACAGCAGCACGUCCCCUGAACGAUAACGAAGAGGUAACUUUAGGUGAGAAGCCUGACCACGGAGACCGGGGUGAGAAGGUGAUGAAGCGUACUUCAUGAGCUGUAACCGAAAAACUACUGGCUUUUGGGAAGUUUGAGUCAGGAGGAAGGGAAGGGAGUUGCCCUGUAAAGAUAAGGACCUCGGUUUCCUUCCAUUUUUGGUCAUCAGGGAGUGAGUGGAAAAUAUGCGCAAACGCCCCCGAAGAGAGGCACACUGAUAUUCUCUCAUUCUGUUAUCUAGUCUACGCAAGGAGAGCACCACACGACUCUGAAGAACACACAAGGCAGCCAUUGCUGGGAAAAUGCAGGGCCAGAGAGAGAAGAUAAUCAUAUUGAUCCUCGUUGCUACGCUCUCUCACAGGGUGACUCAGGCAAAGGUAAUGGACAUGGUUCCUAAUGCCGUGGAUGACCAGUACACUCACUGUCGGGAGCAGAUGUUGAAGAAGGUUAUGGAAGGGGGUCUGCUGGAAGAAGAAUUGAAAGGCAGUAUAGAGUAUAGUUCUGCCUGGCGGGCAAAGCAGUGUACAAAAUUAAUCCCGGGAGGCGUCAAGCAACACACAGAUGCAUUGGUGGCUUAUGGACAUGGGGGACAUGUGUUCAGAAAGAUUUUCAACAAUGCAGUGGAGACUCAGGGUGGGAAUGUCACUGUCUAUAACGGCGAAUUCCAGUUCAAAUCACUCCACUUUCUUCUAAUGGAUGCCAUGAGGCUUUUGAAGACAGAGAACUGCCAAACUGUGUUUCGUGGCUCAAGCAAAGAGUAUGAGGCACAAGUAGGGUCAGAAGUGCGAUUUGGGAGGUUUACCUCAACCAAGGCCAAACGUUCCGACGCGGAGGAAGCUACUUCAGACAGUGGCAUCCUUUUCAACAUCACUUCCUGCACUGUAGUCAACAUGGAUAAGUACAGUUGCUUCCCAGAAAGCAUUGAUCAGCUGAUAUCCCCAGCAGAGGUGUUUAGGGUGGCUGAGGUAAACAAUGUAAGCAAUGAAGAUCACAAGUACAGAGAGAUUGUUUUGACAAGUUCAAGGACUCACAGCAUUGACAGCAUCCGCGACUGUUACCUCUUCCCCAGAUCUACAAGUACGAGUCCUCCAUCAAUCACCCCCAAAGGCUCCUCUACUCAAUGGCUUGGCAGUAGCCUGUCUGUUCUUGUGGUUGUAUCUCUCUCUAUCUCCCUGAUCACCAGGACUGAUCAUCUCUGAUAAACUAAAGUGUUGAAUGCAAAUAGAUGUGGUAAAGAAGUCAAUGGAACGCAGACCGUGGGGGAUAGAAGGACGCACAUUCAACCAAUCUGAUCUAACACAAUAGAUAUUUUUCAAAUCGUCAUUUUUUAUGUAUUGUAACAUGCCCAGAAUGUGGUUACUAAAGUUUGAUUUGGAUCUGUCUGUUUUCACGGCAUAACAUUUAAAAGUAGUCCCAUUUCAGGUUUAGAAGUGACUGCUAAAGGCUAACUCCCUAUUGUAUAGACUGGUAGCAUAGCUAGCAUAGAGAAAUCAAUGGUGGUAGUCAAAGUCGUUUUUUAACUGUAAUGCAGUUUCUUGGUGAUGAUGACAUCAACAUGUAUUCGGGUUGACAUCCAUACCAACAUUAUACUCUGAUUUUUACCUCAACAUAGUGUGAAACACACAUAAACAAUAGCCUAAAUGUAGGCUAAUUUUGCUGGUGGCCAUUGAGGAGAUUCUGGAUCUUUCCCCCAUGCGUUUCCAUGGCAUUUCCAUUGUUUUGGUCGAGUUCCAUUGACCUCUACACUGCAUCUAUUGAAAAGGACAAACACACACACACACACACACACACACACACACACACACACACACACACACACACACACACACACACACACACACACACACAGAGACACACACACUUGCAUGUAUGUAAUAUCAGUGCACACAGACACAUAGAUAUUCAUCAAAUGUGACAAAGCACCAACCUGUCAAACCCCUCUUAGCAUAAUGAUAUUCUCUUGAAAAAUGCAUUUCUUUGCAAUUCAUUGUUUUUGUAAAAAAAAAGAUCAUGUUGAAUAGAUAAUAUUAGAUAAGAUGUUUUAAACAAUAUGUUAUGCAUUUAGCAAAUAUUUUGGUAUCACAACAAUUGACUGUGGGUGGUGUCCAGUUUUCAUAGAUGUAAUUUAAUUUUCCUCUUGUUUUGUUAUCGAAUAAAGAAACAAGUUGAGCAUUUUUGAGUGUUGGAUAGGACACCUUUGGCAUCUACGCAUUGAGAUGGGGUGGGAAGGAGUGAUAGAUUUAUUAAAUGUAUUAGAUAAUUGAAAGUAGUAAACUUCUCCAGCUGGAAACGACUUUACAUACAUUGGGGUGAUAAGCAUGUACAUUGAAUUAAUGAUAUUAGGCUCAUAAUCUGACAGUCCAGACAAACAGUAUGUAUGGCCUCGUAAUAUUUAUGUUGUGUAAUAUGUCUGAGGGAAAAUGACUGUCAUCCCUAUGAGGGAUGUGGACAGAGAGUGCCCUUUCUCCAAGCUCAAGCCAUGCUCAGAAUCACAGUAGCACUAGCCUUUAGGUCUCAGUUACAAAGUUUUUGCACUGACUCAAUCACAGCUGGAGCCACACAUGUUUUGGCUAAUAUUUCAUCCUUAUCCUGGAACCUGCAUGUUGUGCCGGCUUUUGUUCCAGCACCAGCUCACUGGAUACAACUAAUCAACCGAUCAUAAAACCCUUGAUUAGUUGAAUCAGAUGUUUUAGUACUGGACUGGAAUUAAAACCUGCACACACUGUCCCCUGGACCAGAAUUAACAAUUAAUUUGAGUGUUGCCUCAUUGAAGCACAUUGGGGUUUCUGCAAAGAAGAAUUGAGGUCAAGCCUGCCUUACAACUGUGAUGCAAAUAUCAAUACGCAGAGGUCCUGUUAUAACUGACGUAACUUACACUGUUCUAAGAAGUUUCUUUCAUUUUUACUUUUAUUUCUUAUUCUUACUCGUAUAUAUAUAUAUAUAUAUAUAUGAAUAUAUAUAUAUAUAUUUUUUUUAACUGCAUUGUUGGUUAGGGGCUCAUAAGUAAGCAUUUCACUGUAAGGUGAAACACCUGUUGUAUGUGGAGUAUGUGACUAAUAAAAUUAGAUGUGAUUUGAAUUAUG